GCCUGGUGUCUAACUAGAGGGAGUCAGCAGAGCUGAACAGACAGAGCCGGUGGAAGGCAGCGUGCUUGCUCACUCCCUGCAGCCGGCUCUCCCCAGCCUCUUGCCUGCUUCAGCCUCUAGCCUGGGAUCUGCCCUGGUGCAUCCUUGGAUGCUGGGUCAGGCCCUUUGCCUCCAGCCUGGAAACCAGAGUCACUCUCCUGGAUAUUCCCCCAUCACGCCUCCUGGAAACCUGGGAUCCUCGGCCCCUGGCACGGAAUGGACUCUCCUCCUGGACCCUUGACCUCUCACCCUGAUCAGCCCCACACCCAGGGCCCUGGAUCUCUCAGCUAGGAGCUUGGGGUCUGGGUUAGUUCAGCUCUGGUUGUGUAAUUUGCUGGCCUUCAGGUGUCUGCCUGUCACCUGUCCUCUGCCACCUGCAGUCAGCUCUUCCUGGUCCCUAUGUCUCUUUCCUGGUGGCAGCCACCAUCCCCAGGGACAAUUGUCGCUUUCAGCCUUGAUGUUUGGCUCUCUUAAAAUGUCCCUGCCACUUUCUGCUCCUCUCCCAUCACAUUCCAUGGCCUAGUUGGGCCUCAGCCCAUCUGUCCUCUCUCUAGCCUCCCCUUUGGGAGGCAUGAGGCCAGUGUGGGGCCCACCUAUCCUGGGAUGUGGCGGAAGAAGCUCCCUUUGCCUGCUAGGUUUCUUGCCAUGGCGUUGGAAGCUGGCAGUGAUGCGUCAGCAUCUCCUCCGCUGGCUCUCCGGAGCAGCCCUGCUCCUUGUCACUAUGGCUUUCCUCUCCAUGCGGCAUCAUGGCACUCAGAAGGUGGCCCACGACCAAGCAGCAGGUGAUGGGACAUCGGAGAUCUCAGCACACCAGGCGGAACUGCCCCCAGCGGAGGUGCUGGGAGACAGCAACAGGUGUCAGGAACUGAAAGAGCCACUGGGCCUUUCCAAGGUGGGCUCUAGUGUCCGGAGAGACCUGGAGCUGGGAGAGGUUUUCAUUGCUGUGAAGACAACCAGGAGGUUCCACCAGACCAGGCUGGUACUGCUGCUGGACACUUGGAUAUCCGAGGCCAAAGAGCAGACCUACAUCUUUACUGAUGAAGAAGACAAAGCUCUGCAGAAGCGAAUGGGUGACCAUGUGGUGCUCACAAACUGCUCCUCAGAGCAUAGCCACCCAGCCCUCUCCUGCAAGAUGGCCGCCGAGUUUGAUGCGUUCUUGGCCAGCGGCCUGAGUUGGUUUUGCCAUGUGGAUGAUGAUAACUACCUGAACCCACAGGCCCUCUUGAAGCUCUUGUCUUCCUACUCUCCAGCCCAGGAUGUUUACAUUGGAAAGCCCAGCCUGAACCGGCCCAUCCGAGCCUCCGAAAUGAUGCCCAACAAUCAGACGAGAUCCGUGCACUUCUGGUUUGCUACGGGAGGGGCUGGAUUCUGCAUCAGCCGUAGGCUGGCCACCAAGAUGGCACCUUGGGCCAGCGGCAGUCACUUCCUGAGCACCUCAGACCUCAUUCGCCUCCCUGACGACUGCACCGUAGGCUACAUCAUUGAGUGCAAACUGGGCGGGCGUCUGCUCCCCAACGCGCUCUUCCACUCCCACCUGGAGAACCUGCAGCUGAUCUCCAGGCCCCAGCUCCCAGAGCAGGUCACCCUCAGCUAUGGUGUCUUUGAGAAGAAACUCAACACUGUUGAGCUGUCUGGCCCCUUCUCCCAGCAGGACGACCCCUCCAGGUUCCGCUCCCUUCACUGCCUUCUCUACCCGGACACUGGCUGGUGCCCACGGCCUGUCGGCUGAUGACAAAUAAGCUCCCACACCCAAAGGGGCCAACUCAGACCAACAACCCUCAGGCUGUGUUGUGCAUGGGGGCACCCUGGGAGUCCGGGCGUGCCCUCUCCCCUGUGCAGUGACCACCCUGGAGCCGCACGCUGCAGUGAGGGACAGAUUUGUGGGUCAGUGCUUGCUGUGCAGGGUGAGAAGGUAGGCUCCACAGCAAGGCGCCCAGGUGGCAAUGUGGAAGGACGCCAUUGGUGGGACGCUUGAAGGCAGCCCAGUUUCCUGCAGCCUCUGCGAUACUUGUGGAGAGUGAGGAGGGGAGGGAGUGGGAAGCUGACAUGCCUCUGUUAAUGUAGGCAGUGCAGCUGUCGCCCUGGCAGUCCCAGGGUAUUCGGGACAAAAGUGGGAGAGGCAGCCUUAUGCCUCUGUUAGCACAGCAGGACUUUGGCCACAGCGGCUGGCUGUGCAGGAAUAGAUGGAGAGCAGGUGCCCCCUGCUGCCUGAAUGGAGCAUAUCUCUGCAUCCAUCCGGAGCCACACCGACUGCAUGCAGGGAGCAUGGGGACAGAGUGUGAAUGGAGAAACACCAGCCUUCACUGCCAUCUCUGCUGAGCAGAGCCCCUCCCUUUAUGGCCUCAAGCCCUUUCUCACUGAGCCUGUGCUGGACAAGAGCCUUUCCUGUCUUCCAUUUGUCGAGCCUCUGCUGGCCAGAACUCCUCUUGCCCCAGCCUCCUUGCUAAGCCUCUGCUUAGAUAGUUUGGCUACAUUCUCAAGUCAGAAACUCAAGUCCUUGAUAAGUCAUUUAAAUAAAAUGAGAUUGUCGUCAUGUCUUUAUGCUAGCUCAACCCUGGAGUAGCGCUGCACCAGGACUGGCCUGGGGAAGGGAUGGGGGGCGGGGAGGGAAGGAGCAGGCACUGUCGUCUGAUGGCUGGGUGGAGGUGUGUGCAGGUUUGUGCAUUAUUCAGAUGGGGCUAUCGCUGUCUCUCCUUGAGCAUUCUUGCUUUUCUCUUCUCCACUGGGGAUCAGGAUAAUCCCUCUCUCCAAUAGUCUGUCCUUUAAGAUUAGCAUCCAACCCCUACCUGGCUGGAAGGGCUGUGAGAGGAUAGACUUAAAGAAGGAUUUGGAGUGGGAGAAAAGGAGAGUGAGGUAGAAGACGGGAGGAGGAGAUAGUGAUGGCGCAUACGGGAGCGGAUUGGAGAUUGUGCAUUUAAAACCUGUGCCAAAACCCUCUAAUUCACAAUGGCAUGAAAAUGGAAGGGCAAAUAGCUUAUUACCCCUGCACUUCAGCCUUCCAGGCACUAGGGGACAGCUCUUUGUCAGUGCAGCAGAGAGAGGAAGGAGUGAGAGGUGGAGCUGGGAUGCCUGCAGGGUUGCUGACUGUUCAGAAUGUUUCAAGAUCCUGGGGGGGACUGUUUCUUGUCCUGGACUGGUCUUGUGUUACCCAAAGGUCCCUCCCUAAUUAAUGGGAAAUGAAUAGCAGUUAUGUUUGGUUCUUGCACACAUGGAGAGGGCAGACUGGGGGAAGCUUAGAAAAAAGCAAAGAAACACGUUCAAUGUCAACUAGCGCUCUGAAUAAAAGAAAUGUAAAGUGGUUGCCUUUUCAAGGGAAGGUGAAAGUCAGUGGUAUAUGAGGGACUUCUGUAUUUCUGUGAGAAUGCAGAUGAAAGUGCCAUGUAAUCUCUCAACAGAGUCAUCCGGUUUGGAGAGAAAUCUUUAACACAGGCUAAUAGAACUGCAUCUGCUGCAGCUAGUAUGAUAGAAGCUCAUGGAGAGUGCCACCAUGUCGUCACCAUUUUGCAAACCAGUCAGCCCAGCACCUU